AUUUCUCGAUGCGUACGCCGAGCAGAAUUUAACCUUCUGGGCCAUCACCGCUCAAAACGAGCCUUCCUCCGGAUUUGUGAAAAAUUAUCCUUUCCAGACUUUGGGGUUCAGCGCAGAAUCGCAGCGUGAUUUCAUUGCUCUGGACCUCGGCCCUGCCCUGGCCCGAAGUUCGCACAAGGAAGUUCGUCUAAUUACUCUCGAUGACAACCGAAUGCAUCUCCCUAAGUGGGCAAAAGUGGUGUUGGGCGGUGACAGUCAAGCCUACCGCUACAUUCACGGCAUCGGCCUCCACUGGUACAUGGAUUUCAUCAGCCCCGUGAAGGACACGGUGGACGCCACCCACCGUAUCUUCCCCGACUACUUUCUGAUUGCCACCGAAGCCUGUGCCGGGUCUUUCUUUUGGGAACGGGAUGUUAUCCUCGGGUCCUGGGACCGAGGGGAGGACUACAGCCACAGCAUCUUGGAGAACCUGAAUCACCACGUGGUCGGUUGGAUCGACUGGAACCUGGCCCUGGAUUUACAAGGGGGACCCAACUGGGUGAAGAACUUCGUGGAUAGUCCGAUCAUUGUCGACCCCACUGGCGACAUCUUCUACAAGCAGCCCAUGUUCUACCACUUGGGCCACUUCAGCAAGUUCAUCCUUGAAGGAUCUCAGCGCGUUGGGCUGACGGUGGUUCAACCUUACUUUAGUUGUAACCUGGAACAUGUUGCGGUGCUUCGCCCCGAUGGAUCGGCAGUGGUGGUGGUCCUUAACCGGUCUUCGUUCAACGUCACCUUCGGACUUACUGACUCGGUUGGUCUUAUUUUAACUCAAAUCCCUGCCAACUCCAUCCAGACGUAUCUCUGGCGGCGCCAGUAAAAAAAAGAGUUAGCACGCUGGGUGCCAGUUGGCAGAAAAAGUCGUCGAUCCAGCAAGAUUGUUUACUAACCUUCUUGGGAGCUGAGAUGGUGGUUCAGCCCAACGGAUGACGUUCUUCUAGGAGAUGAACCUUGACCAUGGCUGAAGAAGCAGAGAUUUGAUGUUUUCUGGGAUCAGCAACACCACGAUGCCCAAAGUGUCUGCCAGUACAUCAGUCAUGGCUAAAAUUAACUGAAACCAAGGAGUUCCUUCCAAUUUUCUGGCUGGGAAUCUCUUGACGAGACUGUUGGCCUUAAUGUGAUGUGGCCCAACCCUUUGGAAAUGCACUUGGUUAAGCCUCAAACGCUGGCUUGCAAGCCACGAAGGAUCGUUUCUCACGCCUCCAAGCCACAUUGGGACUUUCAUCUGAUGGAAUUGAACCUGGAUGAGCUUGGCUGAGUCCACCUUGUUCUGGAUUCCUAGGUACUUCGUGAUCAGCAUUUCCAAUUAAGCGAUUGGGAACAUAUUAUACCCAAGG